AUGGCUCUAUUCAUGGACUCGGAGUUAUCUUUACUCAAACAAAACCAACAGAAGGACCUGAUGGAUAUGAAGUCAUUCUUGGGGAAGCAGGAGUUAUGUAAAGAGGUUGAAACAACCCCCAGUGUGACGGAGGGGCAGAGGAAGAGGAAAAGGACCAUUUUCAGCCGAGCCCAGCUGUCUGAACUUGAGCAGGUCUUUGCUCUGACCCCGUACCCCGACAUCACCCUGAGAGAGCGGCUGGCCGCGCACACACACCUGCCCGAGAGCAAAAUACAGGUGUGGUUCCAGAACAGAAGGGCGAGAAGCAUAAAGACUGGCAGACUCAGCAAAUGCAGCAAGUCUGUCCUGGGUGGGAGAGGGUUUGUGGAGCCCCCUCCAAGACACAUCCCCUCUAUGUACCCAGCAACAACCACGUUGACGGAUAUAUUUAGGCAAGAUCAGAACUCUUGUGAGAAUGCACCUCAGAUUUACUCAGACUGGAUCCAAAUUUACAGCGAUCCGGUAUCAUCGCCACAGCCAUGUUCCUCAGCCCUGCAGCAGCAGCCCGCCCUGCAGCAGCAGCCCGGUCACGGCUCCAAACCCUCAGACGCUCCUCUCUGGGAGGAUGAGCAGCACAGGCAGCAGCACAGAGGAGGGACACUCACCAGCUUUAUGCCUGGCUCAUUUCCUCACCCCAUGAGCAGGCAGCCUCAUCACCACACCCCCACCUGCUCCUUCCAGGCCUUCACAAAGUUCAAGCCAAAGAGCUUUGCUCCCCCCGGGACCCAUCAGGCCGUUUAUGGUGGAGGUUACAGCUCAGACCAGGACAUCACUGCCCAUGCUCCACCAGCGUACUGGGAGGUAACUCCAGGACAGAGCUCCCACCAUCAUCAUCAUCAUCCACAGAUGGGACCACAGACCUCUAUAGGAUACAUAUCAGAUCUGAUUUACAAUGCUGCCAUUGUUACCAAUUUUCUGGAGUUCUGAUGGCUCUGAAUGAUAAGCAUGGAAAAUGACAAAGACUAAAUCUUGUUACAAUCAAGGCCCCAUUUCUGUUACAAUCAACUGAUAUCUGUUAACAUUUAGCUCUGUUCAGAUGAGUUAAAUUGCCAGACAAGCCUGUAAUGUGUUACAGUUGUUAUAUUGUUUGUCUCUC